UGCCAUAAAAGAACGCUAUGGAGGCGAUUCGAAGAAAGCUUCCGCCCAAUCCCCGUGAAAGUGCCAAUUGUCUGUCCGUAUUAACGUUCUGGUGGACGAUAAAAUUGUUUAAGAAAGGCUAUACCAAAGUGCUCGAACUGCAGGAUUUAUUUCGCCCACUAGAAGUGGAUAAAUCGGAUGCUCUGGGAGACCGGCUAGAACAGGAAUGGUUCGCACAGCAGAGCGGCCCCGGUCGACCUCGGCUCAUCAAGGCCAUCUUCAAAACGUUCUGGUGGGAAUACACCGUGCUGGGAUUCAUCACCUUCGUUAACGACAUCGUCAUCCGGCUGGCCCAGCCCAUUUUUCUGGGACUAUUGCUACAGUAUUUCAAACAAGAUUCGACUGUGACGCGGCAAGAUGCUCUGUACUAUGCCGCGGGCAUCGUUCUGCUCAACGCGCUUAGCGUGGUUACGAUUAAUCAGUAUAUUCUCGGCAGCUUUCAGAAUGGUAUGAAAGUGCGAAUCGCUGUUUGCAGUGUCAUUUACCGGAAGGCGCUGCGAUUGUCCCGUACCGCUCUCGGGGACACGGCACCGGGAAAGGUGGUUAAUUUGCUUUCGAACGAUGUCAACCGAUUCGAUAUCGUGUCGGUCUUUCUGCACUCGAUGUGGGCGGCCCCGCUGCUUUCCAUAAUCGUUGGCGUGCUGCUGUACUUGGAAAUCGGCGUUGCUGGUCUGAUAGGAAUGAUUGUGAUAUUCAUUGUUACGCCCAUUCAGGGAUACACGGGAAAGCUGACCUCUCGGUUCCGUUUCCAAACGGCCCUGCGAACGGACGAAAGAAUUCGUUUGAUGGAUGAGAUUAUAUCGGGAAUACAGGUUAUCAAAAUGUACGCCUGGGAGAAGCCUUUCGCUAAGCUAAUUCAGAGGGCAAGACAACUGGAACUGAAAAUAGUGAAGAAGAGCUCCUACGUGCGAGGUCUCUACAUGACGUUUCUUUUGUUUACGACUCGAAUGGCUCUGUUUUGCACAAUGAUGUCGAUGGCACUGCUGGGAAGUGACCUCACUGCAUCUAAAGUUUUCGUAGUUUCAAUGUAUUUCUCCAUCUUGGCCAACACCAUGUCCGCGAUGUUCGUUCGAGGCAUUGCCGAAAUCGCGGAAGCAUUGGUUGCACUGAAAAGAUUGCAACGUUUCCUGGAGUACGAGGAAAAGGAAAACGAAUCGAAAGGUGCUAAGGAAAAAUUCCUCGAAGAGUUUGAUCGGAACGGUGACAUCUCGGAGAAGCAGAAGUUGAUUGAGUCUGAAACGCAACUCCCGCCGAAUGUGGCGGUGUCUCUGAAGAAUGUGACUGCCAGAUGGGGAGCCGUGAAACGGCAGGAACAACCGGUCGAUAAAAAAGCAAGCAAGAAUGGUUCAACGGUAGUGCCCAAAAUUGUCGAAACGGUUAAAAAGAUGGACGAGGAAGAGGAAGCGCUGGGGACGCCAACUCUCUCGAAUUUAAAUGUGGAUUUUCGUAAAGGUAUUUUGAUCGGUGUGAUAGGACCGGUUGGUGCGGGAAAAUCGUCGCUGCUGCAGGCAAUACUGAAAGAGCUUCCGCUUGAAACGGGGUCAAUCGUAACCGGCGGAAAAGUUGUUUACGUCAGCCAAGAACCGUGGGUAUUCGCCGGAACGGUGCGACAAAACAUUCUCUUCGGUCAACCGAUGGAAAAGGAACGCUAUGAUGCGGUUGUUAGCGCUUGCGCUCUGAUUAGGGAUUUCGAGCAGCUACCCGAUAGAGAUAAAACGAUCAUUGGUGAACGCGGAGCUGCUCUGUCUGGCGGACAGAAAGCGAGAAUUAGUUUAGCACGAGCCGUUUAUCGUAGGGCUGAUGUGUUCCUCAUGGAUGACCCGCUGAGUGCGGUGGAUGCACACGUUGGUCGGCAUCUAUUCGACAUCUGCAUUGGUCCCAAGGGACGAUUGGGGAAAGCGAAAACGACUCGAAUUUUGGUAACGCAUCAGGUGCACUUCCUAAAGGAGGCUGAUUGGGUGGUUGUGAUGAAUGAGGGUAAAAUUACGCUGCAAGGUACGCCACAUGAUCUGUCCCAAAAUGGAGUUGACUUCGUUGAGUUGCUGGAGAAAAUGGAGGAGGAAGCUGGCGACGGGGAAAGUUCGAUUAUGACUUCAGAUAAACGUAGUCGUAGAGGCUCUCGAACUUCCUCGCGCUCGGUAUCGGCUUCUUUCCAAUCAUUGAACGACCUAACGGAGGACGAAAGUGGCGAAUCGGGUCAGAAGCAAGAGAAGGACAAAUCAAAAACACCCGAUUUAAAUCAAAACAUGGAGCUGAGCUCAAAAGGAACCGUCAAAGGUUCGGUGAUGUUAAACUACAUUCGCAGCGGUGCGAAUCCUGUGAUAUUGUUCGGACUUUUAAUUCUAUUCCUUGGUACUCAGCUGGCGGCCAGUGGAGCGGAUCUUUGGGUUUCAUUUUGGACUUCCCAAGAGGAGCAGCGAAUUAUUUUGAGACAAAACGCUAGUGAGGGCAGCGUCACAGAGCGAACCAAUUCUUCUGGGUUCGACGAAUUUGUGGCUGAAUUCAGCAGCGAAGAUAGACCUCUUCUAAGUACUGAUAUUUGUAUGGCGAUUCACGGAGCACUGGUUACUAGCAUAUUCGUAGUUGCAAUCAUCAGAUCGAUCAGUUUCUACAAAACGUCCGUGCGAGCUUCACAGAAUCUUCACGACAGUAUGUUCAAGGGUUGUGUAUCGACACCGAUGCGAUUCUACGACACCAACCCUUCCGGCCGCAUCCUGAACCGAUUCUCCAAGGAUAUGGGUUCAGUCGAUGAGCUACUGCCUAAAGCCAUUCUCGACGCUUCGCAGAUCAUUCUCAGUAUGAUCGGUACCAUUAUCGUGACUGUGAUUGUGAACCCCAUGUUUUUGAUUCCACUAGCCUUUCUCGGAGUGAUAUUCAUCUAUCUUCGAAAAGUCUAUUUGAAAACAUCGAAAAACAUUAAACGAUUGGAAGGAAUAACUCGCUCGCCAGUAUUUUCCCAUUUGGCCGCCUCGUUAGCUGGUCUACCAACGAUUCGUUCGUUCGGUGCGCAGGACGAACUGAUCCGAGAGUUCGACUCACACCAGGACCUCCACACGGCUUCCUUCUACAUGUUCAUCACCAGUAGCACCGCGUUUGGAUUCACCCUGGAUCUGCUCUGUUUAAUAUUCCUAAUCAUCGUCGUAUUCAGUUUCUUGGUUCUCGAAACCAACAUUCUGGGCGACCGCGUUGGACUCGCCAUAACACAAUCGAUGGCACUGACCGGUAUGAUGCAGUGGGGCAUUCGCCAGAGUGCCGAAGUGGCAAACUUUAUGAUGUCCGUCGAACGUCUGCUCGAGUAUCGGGAUCUUCCGACAGAGAAGCAACCCGAAGAACCGCGAGUGGUGGCUAAAAAUUGGCCGGAAGCUGGACGGAUUCAGUUCAAGAAUGUCAGCUACCGCUACUAUGAGGGUGCAAGUUUAGUGCUAAAGAAUCUAGAUUUCGAAAUACAACCGAAAGAAAAAAUCGGCAUCGUUGGCCGGACGGGAGCUGGUAAAUCGUCCCUGAUAGGGGCACUGUUUCGAUUGGCGAAAGUGGAGGGGGACAUUCUGAUCGAUGGCGUCAACACCAGCGAAGUUGCGUUGGAGAAUCUCCGCUCGAAAAUCGCAAUCAUUCCUCAAGAUCCGGUACUGUUCUCCGGAACCCUGCGUCGCAAUUUGGAUCCCUUCGAGGAGUACCCGGAUUCCGAUUUGUGGGAUUCACUGGAACAGGUCGAGCUGAGGGAUAUUGCCAGCGGUCCGCAUGGUUUGCAAAUGGCGGUAGCUGCCGGUGGUUCCAAUUUUAGCGUUGGACAAAGACAACUGAUCUGUCUGGCGAGAGCCAUUCUUCGAAAUAAUCGCGUACUGGUGCUGGAUGAAGCGACCGCCAAUGUUGAUCCAAACACGGACCGCCUAAUCCAGGAAACAAUUCGCAUCAAAUUCGCCGACUGUACCGUGCUGACCAUCGCGCAUCGUUUGAACACCAUUAUGGACUCGGACCGGGUGCUGGUGAUGGAUGCUGGCGAGUCGGUCGAGUUCGGUACCCCGUACGAUCUACUACAGAUGCCGGUUGGCAUUUUCAAGGAUAUGGUGCUGGCUACCGGACCGGCCGAAUCGGAGCGGAUGCUACAGAUUGCUAAGCAUAAAUUUGACGAAAGCGCGAAACAGUGAAUGCCGCAGCACCGUUAGGCUGGUGGUCCACACGGCUGCCACUGUCCCGAUCAGUAGUACAAACAAGUGUCCUUAGCUGGCAAUCGAAUUAUCGAAACAAGCCAUUCUGUGUUGUUUUCUAUCGAACUAUCUCUUCAUUAGUGUACAUUUUUAGCUAAUCUAUAUAAGCGGUAUAUAGAGCUGCCUUGAAUAAGUGAAAACUAUAAUAUUAUUUUUACUGGAAUUAAGCUACUAUCACUCGAAUUCAAUUGAUGAUCGUACUUAUCUUUCCAGUUGCUACUA